AUGACUGACAGGACUGACAGUCAUUCCGAAUAUCAGAAUACUGUAUGGCCGUCGCAUAAUUCUCUACAGUAUCGCAAGCAAGGCAAGCCAGCUUUAGACUUUCCUGCCCAAGCUUCCUGCCUCGCCGAGGAAUCCGAACAACAUUGCAAAUUCCUGAUCAAGACAAGCUGUAGCAAGACAACUAAAGAUUGUGUAUUGAGAAAAGAUGUUAUAGAGCAUCUCCUCCUCCCCAACUCAGUCUCUCAAGUCAUGCUGCUCACGAAACCACUCACGACGUUUCUCUCGCAGAAUGCAUCACCCCAGCUGCCAACGCUCCUCCUCAUAUCGCCUACGGGAAAGCUCCUCUCCAGCUCCUCCCCCCUCCCAGCCUCGAUCCUCAGAACACAGGCCACAGUGGCUUGCACAACGUGGAAUCUCUACCACCCCUUCCAAGCAAGCACCAGCAGCCGGGUCAACACUUCACUUCCUCCGGGGCCAACAUCCUUGUCCAGCGCAAGCACCUCCGAUCUCAGCUCUAUAACUAUCCAACUCUCACACGGCACAAUGGUCAUACGCUCCCUCUCUUGCGGACUUCUCUUCGUAGCAAUUGGUCCCUCGAUCACACCUACCACAGCGCCGAGCUCACACCACCUGUUGUUUUCACCUCAUAUCGCAUCAUCACAUACCUCGCCUCAAGCUUCGCCCCCUACACAUCAAUACCUCCAUGAUGGGCUCGGGGAAAGAGUAGUUUCUGGGGGUAGUUUAACUGUUGGGAGCGGGGCGCCGUCGGAAGCUGGCAGUGUAGGGAGUUCUGUCACUGGAGCGAGGACUCAUGCGAGCAUAUUGGGGAUUAAAAGACAAGCGGAUGAGGUAGGGAGAUGGCUGGAAACGAGUCUAAAGGGCUUUGUGUUGAGUACUGGGGAAGGACGAUAA